AUGGAGCGUGCACUCAAAAUAAAGGAGCAGUCUGUAAAAAGGCUGAAGAAGGAUCUUGAAAUGUACGAGCAGGAGCUGCUGCAGCAGAGCAAAGAGGAGGCCGAGGCGCAGAAACAAGAGGACAACAAAUACACGCUAAGGUCAAUCUUAGAAAGGCGCGAGGAGACACAGAAGGUCAUCAAGAGCACAGAGGAGAUUCUAAAAAAGACGUUGAAGGAGCUGGAGGCACUGUCAUCAGAAUAG